GGAGCCGAGGGGGUACUAGACUUAGUAGACUACCGUCUGCGGGUUAACUUUACUACGGGAGGUUAAUUAUUAGCAUUUUUUUUGAUCCACCCUGUCAUCGUUUGCCUGGAUUGGGUUAGUGUGGAGGACCCAAUAUUUGGAUUUUGAGGUAUGGAAGUAGUAGUAAUAGUCUGUACUCGGGGUAUUUUUUUGAGUUGUGGACUGUGUGUGCGUGAAUGUGUGAGUGAGGAAAGAAAGAUAGUAUCGAUAUGUGCUAUUCUUAGAGGAAACCCUGCACCCAAUAGCCUGAAGACUACUGGGAGGACUUUUCCUAGAGUAGCAAAGGCUGCGAAACACACAGAGAAACCGUCGACGUCGCAAGAGAACCUAAUUUUCCGCAGUGACCUCGCUUCAUCGCACACGAGGGGUAUACUUCCCCUUGUGGAAGGGCGAUGCGGACAGUUGACAAGCAACACGUGUGCAGAGCAUGGACGGUACAUCUACGAUCCGAAGUCAUCUGUUAGGUCACGAGUCAUGGUGGCAGCGUGGAGGAGAAAAAUUCUCCGACAGAGGAUGCAAGUAUCAAGAGAGAGAAAAAAAGGAAAAAAAAAAAAAGGAUAUGGACACGUUCCUCGGAUGAGUGAAAGCGAGGGAGUGAUUGGUCGGGGAGGCAAUCCCUCCUUAAGGUAUCC